CAUUUGACAUUGUUUCCAGAGUUUGUCAAAAAUUCUCAGUAGUAAAGAAAAUUUUUAUGUAAUAAUUGAUUUCAUUUAUUUUCGUCAAUAAUUAUGUCCUUGGUGCGGCAAAUUUUCGUAAAAGCUCCUCAAGGUGUACAAUGGGCGAGAACGAUCGGCAACAGCAGUCGCUGCAUGUCACCUGUGGGUGCCCGCGAUGCGCCACCAAUCGAUGUUGCUCAAGCUAUCGCGCGCCCUGAAGAAGUGGAGCGAAAGAAGAAACUAAGUGGCGCCAUCACUGUGCCAACAAAGGUGGACCUUAGUCCAAUUAGUGGUGUACCAGAAGAGCAUGUGAAAACUCGCCGUGUACGCAUAAGUUUGCCACCCAAAAAUGCAAUGCAAAGUGGUACCGAUAACCUCGAUCACUGGCAAAUUGAGUUUGAUAACCGUGAACGCUGGGAAAAUCCUUUAAUGGGUUGGACUUCAACCGGAGAUCCACUUUCCAACAUGCAAGUAAAUUUCGGCUCCAAGGAGGAAGCAAUUGAACAUUGCGAACGCAAUGGAUGGCGUUGGUUCGUUGAUGUUGAUGAACAACCAAAAAAGGAGCGUGUUAAAAAUUACGGAUUAAACUUCCAUUGGAACAGACGCACACGCUCAUCUACUAAGUAAUUAUGUGAAAUAUAGAACGCUGGAAUGAGUUGGACUUAUUGAACGCAAAAGAAAUUUAAAUAAAUAGUUCUGGCUUAAUGA